CCAAAUUGAUGACCUCAUUGCGUGCAUAACCAGAAGACAAUGGUAAUACGUCUAGUAAGCUGAAUAUGGCUAUAAAGCCCAGCUGUUUGAGUGUGGUUUCUCCACUAAAAAGCUAGUAAUAAGCUGAAAGAACAUCAACAAUGGCAGAAGCCAAAAAGAGGUAUGCAGUUGUCACAGGGGCUAAUAAAGGAGUUGGGUUCGGAGUAGUAAGACAAUUGGCUUCAAAUGGGAUCAUGACAGUGUUAACAGCGAGAGAUGAAAAGAGGGGUCUUGAAGCUGUUGAAAAAUUGAAAGAGUCCGGCCUCUCUGAGCUUGUGGUAUUUCAUCAGCUUGAUGUGACAAACCCAGAUAGCAUUGCUUCCCUUGCACAUUUUGUCGAAACCCAAUUUGGGAAACUAGAUAUCUUGGUAAACAAUGCAGGAGUGGUUGGAUGCAUACUAAACCCUGAAGCUUUUAGAGAAGCAUCCGGUAAGAAGCUUGAAGAAGUCGAUUGGAAUGAACUCUCAACACCAAACCAGGAGUUAUCGGAAGAAUGCCUGAAAACAAACUAUUAUGGCACGAAAGGAAUCACAGAGGCACUUUUGCCCCUCCUCAAGCUGUCCGAUUCACCAAGACUAGUUAUUGUUUCCUCGAGUGUUUCUAAGUUAUCAGAUUUUCCAGAUGGAUGGCCUAAAGAUGUAUUAAGUAAUGCUGAGACCCUAACAGAACAGAGAAUAGAUGCAGUACUGAGUCAGUCACUAGAAGAUCUCAAACAAGGUUUGGUGGAAACCAAAGGCUGGCCUCGACACUUUUCAGCCUAUUCAGUCUCAAAAGCUGCCUUGAAUGCAUACACUAGAAUUCUUGCAAAGAAAUAUCCAAGUUUCUACAUCAAUUGUGUCUGCCCUGGUUACACCAAAACAGAUUUCAACUGCAAUUCUGGCUUCUUAACCAUCGACGAAGGUGCUGAAAGCAUUGUCAGGCUGGCGCUGCUCCCCAAUGACAGUCCUACUGGCCAGUUCUUCAUACGGAAGGAACCGUCACCAUUAACAUCAACAAUGGCAGAAGCCAAAAAGAGGUAUGCAGUUGUCACAGGGGCUAAUAAAGGAGUUGGGUUCGGAGUAGUAAGACAAUUGGCUUCAAAUGGGAUCAUGACAGUGUUAACAGCGAGAGAUGAAAAGAGGGGUCUUGAAGCUGUUGAAAAAUUGAAAGAGUCCGGCCUCUCUGAGCUUGUGGUAUUUCAUCAGCUUGAUGUGACAAACCCAGAUAGCAUUGCUUCCCUUGCACAUUUUGUCGAAACCCAAUUUGGGAAACUAGAUAUCUUGGUAAACAAUGCAGGAGUGAUUGGAUGCAUACUAAACCCUGAAGCUUUUAGAGAAGUAUCCAGUAAGAAGCUUGAAGAAGUCGAUUGGAAUGAACUCUCAACACCAAACCAUGAGUUAUCGGAAGAAUGCCUGAAAACAAACUACUAUGGCACGAAAGGAGUCACAGAGGCACUUUUGCCCCUCCUCAAGCUGUCCGAUUCACCAAGACUAGUUAUUGUUUCCUCGAGUGUUUCUAAGUUAUCAGAUUUUCCAGAUGGAUGGCCUAAAGAUGUAUUAAGUAAUGCUGAGACCCUAACAGAACAGAGAAUAGAUACAGUACUGAGUCAGUUACUAGAAGAUCUCAAACAAGGUUUGGUGGAAACCAAAGGCUGGCCUCAAAACUUUUCAGCCUAUUCAGUCUCAAAAGCUGCCUUGAAUGCAUACACUAGAAUUCUUGCAAAGAAAUAUCCAAGUUUCUACAUCAAUUGUGUCUGCCCUGGUUACACCAAAACAGAUAUGAACUGCAAUUCUGGCAUCUUAACCAUCGACGAAGGUGCUGAAAGCAUUGUCAGGCUGGCGCUGCUCCCCAAUGACAGUCCUACUGGCCAGUUCUUCAUACGGAAGGAACGGUCACCAUUUUAAGCAUAUAAAUUUAUAGAGGCCCUUUCUGCUUUCAUGAAUAACGAUCCUACUUAUGAUCAUUUACAAACUAUUUGCAUUGGACUAUCCACUUUUAUGAGACUACUUGAAAAUUGAGAUAUAUAGGUUGAGGUUGAGACUUGAGAGACUUACGUUUCUGGACUUGGUCUUUGUAAUUUGUUUCCCUUAUUGUUGGAGUCAUUGUGUAAUAUGUGUUCA